CCUGCCCCAAGCCGCCUCCUCCGCGCGCCGGCCGGGCCUCGCCAGCCCUGCGCCCGGCGUCGCUCCGCAUGAACCCCGCUGGGCUUAAGACGUUUCGCGGGGGGCGCGCGGGGCCCGGCCCUCUGCCCUUCAGCGUCGAGUCGCUGCUGGAGGCGGAGCGCGAGCUGGACACGGAGCCCGCGGAGCUCCGGGAGGAGAGGCCACGGGGCCCCGCGGAGCCCUGGGUCUGGUUCCCGCCAGCCGCCUGCUCGUCCUCCCCGCGCGCCCCCAGUCCUCCGCCCUGCACCCUCCGAAAACACAGGACCAACCGCAAACCGCGGACCCCCUUCACCGCCGCGCAGCUGCUGGCGCUGGAGCGCAAGUUCCGCCAGAAGCAGUACCUGUCCGUCGCCGAGCGCGCCGAGUUCUCCAGCAGCCUGAGCCUCACCGAGACGCAGGUCAAGAUCUGGUUUCAGAACCGUCGCGCCAAGGCCAAGAGGGUGCAGGAGGCCGCGCUGGAGAAGCUGGGGCUGGCGGCCAAGCCUCUGCUGCCCCCGUUUGCCUCGCCCUUCGCCCCGGGCGCGCCCACGCCCAGCUCCCCGGCCGGGUACGCGGGCGCAGCGGGCGCCCUGCCGCAGGCUCCGGGACUCCUGGCCGCGCCCCUCGCCGCCUACCGCGUGUAUCACCUGUCCUAGGGCAACCGGACACCUGCGACGUGGGUCCCCGCGCCAGCGGCGUCCGUCCUCGGACGGUCGUGGUGGAACUGCUGCCCUGGGUGGCCUCCCGGCGCCUCCUGUUCUUUUUUUGUUUUACUUUUCCGUUUUUAUGUUUCUUCUGUCGUUAAUACAUGUGAUGACU